UUAGCUUCGUUUCAUGGUGAAUUGGUUCUCUCGCUCCCGCUCAAAUGUGUGCAUGUAAAACCCUAGCCAGGUACCCUCUCUCCUCUGCUAUGGCGAGGAUAACCAGGACGAAGAGAUUCAGGUCUCUUGCAUUUCCUUUCCUGGGGUUUCAUUUACGCUGGAACAACACUCCUUCGCCGCCCUAUUUCUCCCACUCCGCCGCAGCCGCAGCUCCAGCUGUAAGGGAUGAAUCCUCAGAUGAUACCGUAGAGGAACUCCUCACGAAGGGAGAUAGUAUUCGGGGAUUAAUGAAGAUGGAGCGAAGAUCGGAACCCGAGGAAGCUCGUGGCCGAUGGUUCCCUUAUCUCGAUCUUUGCAGGGUUGGAUCGGCGUCGCUGACCAGCCGGGAGGUCAUUAAAGCACUAGAACCGUACAUCUUGGAUGCGAGGAAGGAGAGGAUUAAGAGAGUGGUCAAUAAUCGUAGCUAUUCGGUCAGUUUGGUGGUGGAAGGACUUGCUGAUUUCGGGAACGUCUCUGCAGCGUUCAGGUCGGCGGAUGCGCUCGGGAUUCAGUCGGUUCAUGUCAUUUCUAGUGAUAACAGGAAAAGGUAUAAAGACAAUCGUCAUGUCAGCAUGGGCGCUGAGAAAUGGUUGGACAUUGAACUCUGGAAAUCACCCAAAGAGUGCUUCCAGGCUUUGAGAAUGCGUGGUUACCGCAUUGCUGCUACGCAUUUGGGAGAUGAUACGGUUUCCAUAUAUGAUUUAGAUUGGUCGCUUCCAACUGCUGUUGUCAUUGGAAAUGAACAUAUGGGCAUAAGCCAUGAAGCUCUGCAACUAGCUGAUUUGCGUUGUUGUAUUCCUAUGAUAGGCAUGGUGGACUCUUUUAAUGUUUCUGUUGCCGCAGGCAUUCUCAUUCACCAUGCAGUCCAUGAUAGGUUUUCUCGUCUGGGCUAUCACUGUGAUCUCGCUACGGAAGAACUGCAGGUCCUUCUUGCAGAAUUCUAUUUGCGGCAUCGAGAUAGUUCAAUGACCAUAGUUCAUGAGUAUGCAAAGAGGAAGUUGGGAAACUGUUUGACCGAAGUUCCUCACUGAGUGACACAGUAAAUCAGCUUAGCUGGGCAUUUAUUUUUUAUUCAUGCAGGAUGAGAUAAGAAACGCAACAGGCUGAUUUCCUUAUACCAUGCCAGAUAUUCGUCUGGUUGACUGGUAUUGAAGUCAUGCACAUCUCGGGUUUCAUGUGCUGAGCCUUGGUGAACAGUGCUAACUUUUUAACAUAUUUUAUUAACUUAUAUUUAUGUUUACCGGAUCUGACUUGUUUGUGCAAUUACUCGGAAGUCAUUGUAUUUAGCUUCCUAAAUUAUUCGAUCUGCAAUAGUUUCAACGUAG